AAAGACAAAGAGGAAAGAUGAACGGUGCAAGAGGUUCAGCUAAGAAGAACAGAUCCAAUAUCAAAGUUUACAAACAAGAUUAUCUCGUCUGGAAAAUGUCAAUACAGUUUGAGAGAUUCCUUGUGCGUACUUGAUUUGAGUAACGAUAAUCUCGAAGUAUCAUUCAUCAAAGCUCAAUUAAGAUAGGAAAAGUGAUUAAACUUAAAGUUUAUAUCUUAUAAGACGGUUAAAAAUGAGUCGCUAUUUACAACCGUUGGAAGAUAUUCUGAGAGACGUUCUACCGAAACUCGAUGAACCUGUACUGUUUCAAAAUAUGUUACAAAAUUCGGAUGGUUCCUAUGAAUGGAAAUUACUUCAGUGGAACCUAGAGGAAUUGGUCGAAAAGUUUGGCGAUAAGAAGUUGCCAUUUCGAGUUGGGAAUCAUAACAAGCGUACGUGUAAUCUUCAGCAUCAUCAUUGGUGCUUGAGUCCUCCUGCGAAGCCUGUUCAAUUAACGCUGCAAGAAUUUAUUGAUUUACAAGGAACAAAGCAGAACAAUACAUGGCAUUACUGUGAUUACAAGCAUAUAAAGGAGUGGCUCAGCGACAACGUGGAAAUUGUAGAGUCCUUCAAUUGGCUCAAGUUUGGAAUUGACAAGGAACUUGGGAAAAAUGGAAUGCAUUCCACUAUUUGGGUCGGAAGCAAAGGUUCUCACACUGAUUGCCAUUGGGAUACCUAUGGUUACAAUUUAGUGGCACAAGUAUACGGCAGAAAACAAUGGUUGCUUUAUCCACCUAGCGCUCCUCUGAUACCAGUUAGACUUCCUUACGAGGAGUCAACCGUAUACAGCAGAUUUAAUAUUUAUUGUCUGAGCGAAGAGGAAAAGGAUUGGUUGUUAGAAAUACCAGACAAACCGAAAUUAAUAACUCUAGAACCUGGAGAUGUUUUAUUUGUGCCUAAUGGAUGGUGGCAUUACGUGGAAUCUUUAGAUCAAGUCAAUGUCAGCGUUAAUAUAUGGGGAAAACUGAAAACAGAUAGUAGAGCACGAGUCGAGGAAGCUCUGGUUAAAUUGAUAAUAGCCAAGAUGGGAGACUAUAAUCAGUUUCCGAAUAAGAUAACUACAUAUUAUACAACAGAAGUCGAAUGCGCUGUUCUUGAACUCACGCAAGAAAUGGAGGAGGAGAAGAAAGCGGAACCGGUUCCAAAAAUACCUGCAAAAAGACCUAAACCUAAACUACAGACCGCAACAGAAUUAGCUGAGGAAUAUCCGUAUUACAUUAAGUUGUUACCUGAUGUUGAGAAACAUAAAUUUAAAGAAUUUAUUGAAGAAAGACGGAAAAGAGACAAGGAGAAGUAUCCGUCGGAAGAAACAAGCGCAUCUGGAGAUUAUAUACCUAAUCCUCAGUAUGAUUCAUUCUUCGAAUCUCUUGUCAAUGCCUUAUGUCAUCCAGAGGUUAUUGGUAAAGCAGCAAAAGUAUUGUUAGAAAGACAUUAUUAAUAUAAUCUGCAAGGAUUGAAUUUCUAUCUCUAUUAUAUAAAUGUGAAUUGUAUGUGAAAUAAUAUCAAUCUUUUCUAUUGUUAUUGGUAUCAUAUAUUCAGAUAUGUCAACGGUCAGUGUCAUGUCGGCAUUUUAUAAUUACAUGACAUUUGCAGAAAAUUAGCUGUAAAUUUUUAACUAUUUUCACGAGAAUACACAUGUAUAUUUAAUUUUAACUAAAUUGCUGAAAUUGCUUAUUGAUAAAGCAGCGAAAGUAUUGUUAGAAAGACAUUAAUAUAAUCUGUAAUUAAAUUUCUAUAAAUUUAAUUAUAUAAAUAAAUUUAUAUAAGUUUAUAUAAAUUUAUGUAUAUAAUUUAUAUAUGUGACAUUGUAUGUGAAACAAUACCAAUCUUUUUUAUUACUGGUAUGAGUGGUAUGUGUACCUCUAAGAAUUAUAGAUAUGUCGACGGUCAGUCGUGCUGGUAUUUUAUAGGAAAUUUACAGAAAAUUUAGCCAUGAAUCUGACCACUUUAAAUAGAAUACGCAUGCAUAUAUUGUAAUGAAAUUUAGUGUGAAUAAAAUAUGCAUUCUCUUCCUCCCGAA